UCUUGACAGUACGGAAAUCCAAUUGGCUCGGCGGGAUCACGUGAGCCAAAAAUAGUUCGAAAUACCUGUGUGGUUAACCUGAAAAUAAAGUGCGAGUGAUAUUACUUAACAAAAAAUAAAUAUGUACCCGGAUUCCCCUUUUACUGAUACACUCGAUACAAAGUUGGUGUACGAAGCGGAAAAUGAUUCAUCACGUUCGUCAUCAACUGAUAUAGAUUCAAAUUUCAAAGAAAUAUUCAAAUGGCUAUGUACAGCUCCAAAAAUAUCCUCUUUUCGGAUAAACACUCUGAAGACAUCGAAGCAGGCAGUUCUUGAAUCUUUAAAGCAGUAUUUAAAUACGGGUGAAGGAAAAGCAACUGCAAAUUGUAUUUUGCAUGAAAGGGUGGAGGAUACCCUUAUUAUACAAUUUUCUCCAAUUUCUUCGAUAAAUGUUCAUCCAAAAGAAGUCGUAGUAGAUAAAGAUUGUGGGGCAGCAGUUCUCAGAGGCGCCCAUAUUUUUGCGCCAGGAGUUCUAGGAAUGGUAAGCGGCUGCCAAAUAGGAGACGAAGUAUCAAUUUAUGUUGAUAUUAUGAAAACCUGUAAAAGGGGAUUACAGAAACUAUUUACUGGUUCGAAAUUACAUAUAGGAAAUGGUAUAGUGAGAAUGCAAAGGUCUGAACUUUAUGGGGCAGAUUUAAAUCCCAGAGGUGUAGCGGUGGAGGUAACAGAAACAAUAUCCGGUUGUCCGCAAAUCUCCGAAGAUCUUUUUCCACCUGGAAAAAUUCUUCUCCAGAAUCUUCCUUCAAUCAUAUGCGUUCAUACUCUCGAUCCUCAGCCAAACGAAGUAAUAUUGGAUAUGUGUGCAGCACCUGGUCACAAAACCUCGCACAUCGCUUCACUCAUGACAAAUCAGGGUAUCCUGAUUGCCAUCGAUAAAACUGCGGGAAAGACGAAGCUUCUUGCAGAGCACUGCUUGCGUUUCGAUGCAAAACCUCAAAUUUAUGUGGCAGAUUCUUCCAAAAUAUUCAGCUCAAGCUCAACAAAUAAGCCACUGGAUGGGCCACCCUAUCCAGCAAAUUCUUUCGAUAGAAUAUUGCUAGACGCACCAUGCAGCGCUUUAGGUAAACGUCCACAAUUAAGGAAUGACAUAACAAACAAAGUAUUGAAGUCUUAUGUGGCUUUACAGAAGAAACUAUUCGUUGUGGCGGUUAAUCUCCUCAAAAGCAACGGAAUAUUGGUUUACAGUACUUGUACAAUAACAUUGAGUGAAAACGAGGGAAUUGUAGCUUGGGCUUUGAGAAAAUUCGAUUUAGAGUUGGUACAACCGAAAGUACAUAUCGGAUCUCCAGGAUUUGAAGGAACAUCAUUAACGAAGGAACAGUUGCAUUUGGUCCAGAGGUUCGGACCUGAAACAGGAAUUGAUUCCAUUGGAUUCUUCAUUGCCUGUUUUAGAAAAAAAUUAAUUAGUUAGAAUGUUUCGUUAGAAAUAAAUCAUACAUCUCAAA